AUGUGCUCGCCUGUUUGUCAAGAUUGGGCCAGAAGCGAGGCCCUCAUAUCCAGGGCUGGCUCUGGGCGUCUCGUGCUGAGCCCCAAUGACACGCUGGGGCGUGAGGAUUUAGUCACGAAUGAGGAGGUCAUCACUCCAAUCUUGAAACAUUUAGGUCUUCGAACGACUGUGGACCAAAUCAACGAGCACGUGGGGCUUUUCUUUGAGUACUCCAGACCCAAGGGCAAACCUGCGAUCGACCGUCGCCAAGUUCGUGUCCAAGCAUGGAUCCUCAAACGCUUGGUGAGCGUUUUCAGCAGAUGCUGCAAGAGAGGCCACUUCCCACGGGAACAAGCCAUCCGGCGUAUUUUCAUGGAAGCUGGCAUCCCGUUGCCAUCCAACCCCCGUCUCUUGACCUAA